AUCGGUCUCUCUCUCCCUCGCUCGCUCGCUCCGCCACCGUCGUGUUCCUGACCUAGUCUGAAUGCACUACAGUUAUUUUGAUCGACCUGUUAGGCUGUUAAGAAAUUCGGAUUUUCUCAGCUUCUACUGCGACUAGGACGCGGAUUUUGUAACAAAGAUAUGGAGACUAAUUCUUUCGAUGUGCAAGAUUACGAGGAUCCGAUCUCAAACAAGGAAGAUCAAAGCCAGAUGAUUUUGGGUGCUACCCUGAUAGAUGGUCAUGGAUCAACAUCUGGAUCAACUUAUGAUUGCAUUAUUGACACUUCAUACCAUGAAAAUAAUAAUGAAGAUGUUGAUGAUAAUGAUGAUGCUAGCGGAGAUGCUUCAGAUUAUGAUGACAAUGACGAAUACAUAUAUGAUGAUGAUGAAGAUGAUGAUGAAGAAGAAGAAGAAGAUGAUGAUUAUCUCUUAUUGCAAGCUCAAUUAGAUAAUGAUCGUCUCCCUUCUGGUGUUGAGACACCCAUUGCUUGCCUCAAUAUUGAUCUUCCUGGUCGGAAACUAAUGGUGCAACCUUUUGGAGGAUUCACUACGGUCGACCACUUUCCUGAUCACCACUUUAUGGAUGUAAAAGUGCAUCAGCCAACAACUAAAUGGAUUAAAAGAAUUCAAGAGGAGUGGAAAAUUCUGAAUGACUUGCCAGAGGCGAUAUAUGUUAAAGCAUCUGAAAUAAGAAUGGAGCUUAUGCAGGCCAUCAUAGUGGGACCAGCAGGAACCCCAUAUCACGAUGGUCUCUUUAUCUUUGAUAUUGUAUUCCCUUCUUCGUAUCCAGAUAAACCUCCGAUGGUUCACUACCAUUCUGGAGGACUUCGUUUGAACCCAAACUUGUACAAUUGUGGGAAAGUGUGCUUGAGCUUAUUGAACACAUGGACUGGUGAUAAAGACGAAAAAUGGAGACCAAAAGAUUCAACGAUGCUACAAGUAUUGGUCUCGAUACAAGGUUUGAUUUUGAAUUCAGAACCCUUUUUCAAUGAGCCUGGGCAUUCUUCACGUCAUGGUGGGUUAGAAGGUAAAACGAGAUCUAAGCAUUACAACGAGAAAGUAUUCAUUCUAUCGCUAAAGACAAUGGGGUAUACACUUGCCAACCCUCCAAAGCAUUUUGAAGAGUUGAUUAAGUGGCACUUUCGUGUUUAUGCACAUGAUAUACUUUCGGCCUGCAAAUCUUACCUAGACGAUGGGACUAAAAUUGGGUGGGUAAGACGAAAUGUUGGUAAUAAGAAAGUUGAAGAACAAUCUGGUCCAAGUAAUAGUUUUGUGAUUAGUUUGUGCAACAUGAUGGAAGGGUUAGUAGCCAAAUUUAUGGAAAACGGCGCGGAUGACUGCGAAAUAUUCCGUCUAGCAAAGUGGCAGCCUCCUACGAAGAAGUCUACUAGUAUAACUAAUUCAUAGUUCACAUUUCUUUUUAUCCCUUUUUUCAUAAUUAGGUCUAAUUACUAAAUAAAAAUAAUUGCAGAUGCAAACUUGUUUUCAUUUUCUUUUAUUUUUGGUUUGUUUUAUUUUUAAAAUUUUAUUUUUUAUCCAGUUUGAUUUUUGAGAGUCA